UUUGUGAUUAUUUAAUGAAAAUUAGUUUAUAAAUGUUUAUAUCAUAUAUGAAACCAAUUGUUGACAAGUGAUGAUCAUUGGAUCAAAUAAACAAUAAGAACAAUGAGAUCCAAGAAGAAUGUCAUCAAAAUGUUGUCUGAUUUGUCUUUAGGUCUAAACGGGUCUCCAUAUCGACAGUCACUGAAGAUUAUUCAAUCCUUAAUCACAGAUAAGCGGACAAAGUUUGAAAAGAUUUGGUGUCAAACAUCCAAACAACCCAUCGUUUUUGAAGACGGAAAGAUAUACUUCAAUAAUCACACCCAUUGUCUCUCUCUUUGUGGUUACGAUAGUCUUCCGUCAACUUUAUAUAAACUUAAGAAGAAUACAAAAAUUAAGAAAUUUGAAGACGUCUUUAUAUAUAGCGGAYCAAUUUACACUACACCACUUCCACGUGAAGAUUAUAAACCAUAUUUUUUUGCCCUCACUUCUGAUAAUUGGCUUAUUAGAUAUGAUAACAUAUCAGGAAAAGUGAUGCAAAAGAUUUAUUUGGGAUCAGUUCAGAGAUAUAGCUUCCGUCACAUAGAUUGGGAAACACAGGGCGAGACUAUUGUCGUUCAGUCAACACUUUUUCCGGGUAUACGGACUCCAAAUCAAAASCUGAGAGUUGUUCAGGCGGUCGCUGUAUUCAAGAUUAUGCCCAUUAGAUUUGUGGCCCUCUUUGAGAUCAAUCAAACGAUUUUCGGCAAAGAAGUCAAUAGCGCCAACAUAUCAGAGGGACUAUUGAUUGUGGGAAUAGGAUCUCAAAAUAACGCAAAAAUUCGUAUUUAUAGUCUCAAUGAAAUUAUUAAAGAAACAAAUUGUUUAUUUGAAGCGAGUCUUAACAAGAAAUGUGAUGAUUUAGGGGGAAAAGUUGGUGAAUACCCGUUUGGAUUGCCAUUAAAUUAUAAGAUAGCAACAGUUCCUCCGGUUUUAUUUGAGGUUAGAUGUAGUGAACAGAAUCUACAUUUCGGUGGAUAUCCAUUUCAUUAUGUGUUCAACCCGUCACAUACUGCAGGAGUGUUUGAGGUACGAGACGUUGCAACCAAUCAACUCUUAGAAAACGGUUGUUUUGAUGUCCCCAACAAUACCACAGAAGCGGAUACAUUAAGUUUUCAUUCAGAUGAUAGCGGAAGACUUAUUUAUGAAUCGGCUAAUUAUAUCAAAUUUUAUAAAAUUUUUAAUGAAAGUAAUAAUAAAAUAAUUAGACAACAAUUUGAAUUGAAAUUCAAAGUUAACGAUAAAAACAUAACCAAUGGUCGUCUUUUUAUUACAAAAAUUAAUGGUCAACGAAGAGCCGCCAAAAAUAUUUGUUAUACUGAAAAUCCAGAGAGACAAAUUCUGGCUUCAGAUUUUGAGAAUGAGUUGGAAUUGUUUUUAUUGUUGGGAAUCAAUACUACCUCUAGAAAGAAGACCAACGGAAUGAUUACUAUYUGUGAUAACGAAACGGGAGAGACGUUACAUGAGUUUCAAUUAGGACUGACUCUCGAUGAAAUGUCUGACUACAGCCUUAUCAUGGAUUUGGAUACAAUAGUAAUAACAAACAGAGAGAUUGGUUCCAAUAAAUUUGAAUGUCAUAUAUACCGUAUGACUAGAGAUAGUUAUAUUAAUUGUGAAAAUGCACUUUUACCCGAUCCAAGUGAUGAAGAUCUUGACCCACGAAAGAGAAAAUUCAAAGACAAUUCAAAGAUUUGA